AUGUGGUCCGAUCUUCUUGUACAAGCGGGCAUGAUCCUCUUCACAAUCUUCAUGUUUCUGUAUAUGCAAAACAUCCCCCAAAAAUUCUUCUCCAAGCUUCGGCUCCGGGGCCAAGCUAAUGUUCAAGCCAAGCGCCACUUCAUCAAAGGAGCUCAGCUCUACUCUCAAGCCAAAUUGGCCAAAGACCGCUCAUCCACUUCCUCCCUGGCCAAGUCGGCCGAAGAAGAAGCCGACGUGGCUAUCGCUCUGGACUCCAAGGACGCCGCGGCUCACAUUCUCAAGGCGCUGGUUCUGGAGCUCAGGGGACUGAAGGCCGCCGCCAUCGACACGCUCGACACCGCGCUUUCGCCGGGUUUGGCGCGGUCGUUGAGCGGGGAGGAGAGAGGGGACGCUUUGUUUAAGAGAGCUGAGUUGAGACUGGCGGUGAGUCGACGCGGGCAGGUUGACUCGGCCGUGGAGGACCUGGUGGAAUCGGUGAAGCUCAAGGGUGACAAUGCUAGGACCUACUGUUUGUUGGGUGACAGCUAUAAAAAGAAGGGGAUGGUGGAAGAGGCUAAGAAGGCUUAUGAGGAUGCUCUCAAGGUCCAGCCCACUAAUAGCGAGGCCCGCGAGGAAUUGGAACGCUUGGCUUCGUAG